AUGGCUGAAUGUUUUGAAAUCACCAAGGUGGUCAAUGGAUGCAAGGAGAAAACAUAUGGUGUUAGAGAUGAGUAUAGGGUCACUGGACAUGUGGCUAGAAUAAUGCUGGAUAAUAUUGAUAUGAAGCAAAUUGAUGAUGUGAAUGUGCUGGCCCUCAUGGGCAUCAAUGCAAAGGCUCAAUGGGAUAGAGUGGUAGGACAGAUGGAUGCAUGGCAAGGCCAUGAGUCAGAACUGGAGGACUGUCCCCUUGGUUGGACACCUAUAUGGAUGCAACUCAGGACAGCCAUUGCACACUUACCUGCAAUGAUCAUGAGACCAUGGACAUGGUUGCCCAAAUUAUUCAAUGGUCUACUUUCUGUUGGGCAUUUGAUCAUGAUAUUCACAAGGCACAUGUGGCUGAUGCUCAUGCCUGAAUGGUCUACACUAUGGGAGGGAGAUGAGUAUAUCAUGGAGUUUCACAGGAUGAUGAAGUUGAUGGAAGUGGAUCAGCAGGCAGUGCUGAAGCAAGGGUUGUGUGAGGUGUUUUCUGACCUGCAUCUCCCUGCAAGUGGCAUAAGAAUGUGGAUGCAGAAGCAUGAUACCAUAGUAUUCACAACAAAUCCUGCAUUUUACAGGAUUGACUGUGUUGGACAGGGGGUGGAGAGUCAGAGAAAGGCUCCAAAAGCAUGUCGCACAAUGAAGCUGAUCAGGGGAAAGUGUAUCUUUGCAGCUGACCUGAUGGACUCACAACUAUUCAACACUGAUGAGAAUUUAAGAAGGAAAACAGAGAGGCAAAAGUGUUGGGAGAUUCAAAAGAAAAUGACCAUGGUGAAGAGAAACAAGCCAUUUCCAAUGGACACAACAGCAUCUGUGGAGCAAGAUGAGGAAAUGGAUGUUGAUUAG